ACUAACCACUCUUAGCUGUUGACGUCCUUUGAUGGGGUUUAUCCGGAAGUCUCACUGCACAGCUCAGCAUACAUUUAUUUCAGCUAAUUUUAAAGUUGUAAAAUCCAUCCAGACAGAGUUUUGGGGUAGCUUUUGCAUCAUGUCUCAUCAGACUGGUAUCAAACCUUCCCCUGAACUGGCUGAAAUAAUUGCAGUAGCCAAAGACAUACAAGGAAGGACAAGAGCAUUAAAGGUGAUAAUUGUCAAUGAGCAAUUGGAGCUAGCAGAGAAAUGUGAUGUCAGAGGCACAUGGGAAGCUGAUUUUGAUGCCGUGAUACAGCCACUGCUGGAAGAGAAGACACCCUCCUACAUCCUGUACCGGACGGACAACCAAGAUGAUAAGGGAUCAUACAAGUGGAUCUUCAUCCCCUUCAUCCCAGAUAAUAGUCCAGUUCGUCAGAAAAUGUUGUAUGCUAGUACAAAAGCAACAAUGAAGAGGUCUUUUGGAGGAACUAGUCAUAUAGAUGAGGAACUUCCAGGCACAACAAAGAAUGAGGUGUCCUUUGAAGGCUAUAAAAAGCACCUGGAAAUGAAGGCUGCUCCCGGUCCUCUGACGGAGGCAGAAGAGGAGGCUAAGCAGGUGAUGGAAAUGGAAACCAGAUCAGAUAUUGGUGUGGACACCAAGAGUCAGACAUUACCCGGUCUUGCCUUCCCUGUAGAGGAAGCUGCCAUUCAGAGGAUAAAGGAGGUCAGAGCGCUCAAAAACACCUAUGUACAGCUGUUGAUCGAUGCCAAAGAGGAGGUUAUCAGGUUAGCAAACUGUGACCAUACGAACGUGGAUUCUUUGCCAUCUAGAGUGCCUGAUGAUAGCCCGAGGUAUCAUCUCUUUGUUUUCCCGCACACGUAUGAAGGAGAUAAUCUCAACAGCAUAGUGUUCAUCUACACAAUGCCUGGCUACAAGUGCCCUGUUAAAGAAAGGAUGUUGUACUCGAGCUGUAAGGCUCCGUUCCUGUACAGCUUGGAGCAGAUGGGUUUCGAGCUGGCAGCCAAGAUUGAGAUUGGAGACCGCGAUGAACUGACGGAAGAGUUUCUUAUGAGUGAAGUGCAUCCUAUAAGAAUGGUUCACAAGCCAAAGUUUAGCAAACCUCAGGGACCAGCAGGAAGGAGAGGUCAAUCACGGGUCACCAAUACUAACAAAUGAAUAAGUUAUUGAAAGAUGUUUUUAUGCAUUGAAUACCGGUGUGUUUUGAGCUGAGGAUGAGUAUACCUAUAAACUAGUACCUAGAAGUUAACCACAGUUCAUUGUAUCCGAAAACAGUUUUACAAUUCCAAAACAACGUCCAUCUUCUGAAGAGAGUUUGAAUCAUGUCUAGAAAUUAUUGUUACUUCUCUUUAUUCUUAGCCCACAGUGUAACUUAUCUUUAUUCUAAAUCUACAAUGAAUCGUGGGAUUUAUAUGUACAUAUUAUUCUAUUUCCUCAUUUCACGUAUGUUGUUCCUGUGAAUGAUUAAAUUUACAGUGUAUUUCAUAAUAGCAGUCACUGUAUAUUUCCUUCAGAUAUAAAAAGGUCCUUUAUCCCAGAACUUGCUUUUAUUGCUAUUUUAUAGAGCAGUAGUAAGGUGAAUAAGACCGAACGUUAGGCACUUUGGAGGUUUUGAAACCAAAUUGGUGGUGUAUACAGUAUUAGAGAUCAGGCUCAUUUGUAAUUAAAUAAUAUAGUGUUGUAUUGUUAAUCUCCCAUGUCAAGCAGUUGCAGUAGUGAAACUUAAGUACUGAUGGCAUUGGCAUAUAUUUCUCCCUUCAUGCAUCCACAUUAUAAGUUGAUUAAAUGAUUCUUGUAAUUGUAAUUAUCUGUAGUGUUGGAGCAAAGACCGGUCCAUUAGGCAAAAUGGUGAUUAAGUUUUGAAAAGUACCGGUAUGUGUGCAAAAUGUAGUUGUAUCGUUUGUUGUUAAUACAGAAUAUAAUAUAACUUUUAAAUCAUUUUAGCGAAACAGAAUUGUGGCAUAUUGUAACAAGAUUAAUGUCUGUAGAAAGAAGGGGAGAACAUAGCCAAAGCAUACAUUAACCUUGAAAAAGUAGAGAAAACUCACUGAAAAGUACAAAACUCUCAAUCUCUCUCUCUCUCUUUGAUAUAAGAUAUAACCAAAGCAUACAUGAUGCAUCAUCUUGAAUAAAGUAUAGUAUUACUAUUUCCUGUUUUUCUUCCAGGAAAUAAAGAACAAUGGGAAUAAGUAUUGUCAUAACAAUGCAAGAAAGAAAAAUGCUGUAAUGCUUUGAACUUACACAAAGUAUUUGUAUAACUUUUCUCAGUUAUGUCUUCUUAUCAGUUUGAAUUUCUUGCGUGGAAUCUUUUCUUUCAUUUAUAUACAUAUACCAUUAAAGGUAUAGACCAGUUCUGGUCAUGCCAUUGCAUUGUGAAAGAAACGUUGUGGAAUCGACCAGAAAAGGUUGAUCAUCUAGCAUAUAACUUUUGGUGUGUACUGCAAGGUUCUGGAAUCAUCAAUCAAAAUGAUAAGAAAUUUGGCCCUAGUCUUGGUAAAGUUACAAGCACUGUACACAAAAAGAUGUAUAUGGGACUACCCUAUAUCUAUCCAGUCCAGAUAGAUAUAAUUAUUUACCAAAUAUAUCAAUUAGUAGGCGGUUUCCCGGCAAAAUUUGUAUCAUUAUAUAUUAAUCAAAACAUAUUCUUUCAGAUGAUUGGCAAUAAGAGCUUCCAUUUCAUUUUUUGAAAUGGAGGCGUUUCCAAAACUGGUCUUUACCUUUAAUACCCAGCCUCAAUCCUUAAAAUACUUGUUACUGAACGGAGUAAGACCCCAUGUGGUAUACUUGUUUAACGUGUGAGAUGAAGUUAUAAGCAAUGUAAAUGUGUAAUACCAAGAUUGCCUUGGGAUAGUAUGGGAUAUCAGGUUAAUAAAACUACUGAUUUAAUCAUUUUCUUAUUCAAGAAAAGAUGUAAAAUAAAUUUUAUAGAAUUUACAGAAUUUUGUAGAACGUUGCUUUUAAUUAUUAUUAAGCAUGAAUAAAGCACAGAUAGUGAA